AUGGCUACUCGACGUCGUGUUCGAAAUCUUGGGGGCUUGAAUGUAGGAAAUGAAGAGGAUGGAUGCACCAUAGAGCAGUUCAAUCAGAUGCACCCUCCCACUUUUGAUGGUUGUGGUGACCCGACCUUAGCUGAGGAUUGGAUCCAGGACAUUGAGGAGGUACUCUGUGUCUUGAAUUGUACUUACAAACAAAAAGUAUUGUACUCCGCCUUCAAGCUGACCGGUGAGGCUAAACGAUGGUGGAUAUUAGAGAGAACCAUCAGGGAAGCUGAUGGGAGGGGAGUGAUCAGGGAUGCUGGGGCCAAGGACUUUGCCAACUUAGUACAGGGUACUAUGAUGGUGCACCAAUAUGCGGCUAGAUAUGUUGAACUAUCACGCUUUGCCUCAUAUCUGAUACCUGAUGAGGAGAAGAAGACCCGAAAAUUUGAGGAGGGACUAAAUAACCAGAUUUAUGAGCGAGUGGUGGUCCUUCAGAUCCAAAACUUCUCAAAAUUAGUAGAUAAGGCCACAAUAGUCGAGCAAAGCUUCAAGAAAAGCGUUGAACUCCAGGAGCAAAGGAAGGGGUCGACGCCAUUGGGGUUUCCCUUGAGCGAGAAUCAAGGACCAUGGAAGAGGAUGAAGUUAGUGAACAACCCAGGCUAG